AUAAAAACCAGAGCAGGUUCCUCUCUCCUCACAUUGAUUACACUGGAUCUGUCCAUCCUCAGUACUGUCUAGUAACUCCCAAGGGAAAAACAGCAACCAUGAACACUCAACAGAUGGAGCAGAUGGGCCAGUUCAAGAUCACAGUCUGGGAGGAGGAGAACUUCCAGGGCAAGCGCUGUGAGUUCAUGCUGGAAUGCCAGAACAUCAUGGAGAGGGGCUUCAACAAGAUCCGCUCCAUCAAGGUGGAGAAUGGACCUUGGGUGGGUUAUGAGUACCCUGAGUUCCAGGGGCAGCAGUUCAUCCUGGAGAAGGGAGACUACCCUCGCUACGAGGCCUGGAGCGGAAACAGCAGCUACAGAACCGAGCACAUGCUUUCCUUCAGACCCAUCAAGAGCGCUAACCACAGUGACAGCAAGGUGACCAUGUACGAGUGUGAGGACUUCCAGGGCCGUAAGUUUGAGAUGUGCGAUGACUACCCCUCCCUACAGGCCAUGGGCUGGUGCAGCAAGGAGGUUCCCUCCAUCAAAGUCAACUCCGGAGCCUGGGUUGCCUACCAGUUCCCUGGAUACCGUGGCUACCAGUACAUCCUGGAGAGAGACAGACACCAAGGCGAGUACAGAAACUACAACGAGUACAGCACCCAGGCUCACACCAACCAGGUGCAGUCCAUCCGUAGGAUCCAGCACUAAGCCUUCACUCGCCUGCCUGACCCAACAAAAUAAAAACUCUCCCGAGCCCCAUUCCUCGACUUGAACCCCGGACAGACUGCUGUCACAGAACAGUAGAUGGAUAAACUCUUUCUAUCGCUCUGUGGCUCUGCAUGUGUGGAUAUCUAAGUACCUUUUUCUUCUACUAUGCUAAAGCAUGUCCUUGAAAUAGGAAAUAAAGGCUUUUCUUCAAAACUA